GAUGCUGAGUUUUGCAUCAUAUGAUGCUGAGUUUUGCGUCAUACCGGCUGUAUUUCUGUAUUUUGAAAGUCAUAUAUUUUUAGUUAUCCUUUAUUUCGACAAGGAGUCAUGCUGAGACCAAGGUCUCGUUCACAGAUGAGCCCCGAAUACACAUCAUUAUACACAUUAAUAUUUACAUCAAUAUACACAUUAAUAUACAUCAAUAUUCACAUCGAUACACGCAUCAAUAUACACAUUCAUACACAUCAAUAUGUGUGGCAGCUGCAUUCAAAUAGACAAUAGCGCCAUAAUCUAUGACCGGUAUGAAUGUCGACUGAAUUAUUUGUUUUCUGCUAGUUAAUGAAACGCAAGGCUCCCCUAUUUGGGCGUCUAUAAUUUAGUAGGGGCUGCCUACCAGAAAUGUACAUGUUAAAAACGUGUUGGAAAUACUAUAAUUACGCAAUAACAAAUCAUAUAGUAACACAAGUUGAUUUGUAACAUGAUAAAAAUGCAUUCUACCCUGUCAUUAAUUUCACAAACACCUGAGUUUGGUGUGCAUUUUCAGUUCCUAAAUAGAUUUGAAAUGAAUUUUAAAAAGGUUAUCAUUUCACAUGCCAUGGAACAAAUGUAUUUUAAACAGGUUAUCACUGCAAAUGCCAUGGAACAUGUUACAAUUGCAAACAGAAUGUGUUAAUCUUCCGGUUAUGGGUGUAAAAAGCUACUGGAGGAAGAGGAAGUAUAGGCCUAUGUGACAGUACUUCCUCAUUUAGGUUUAGUCAUUUAUCAAAGUAUGGCGACCUUGCAUUUCCCCAUCGCUAUUCUACUAACUCUUCUCCAUCAACCAGAGCCCAGUGUUGAGACCUCUGUGUUUGUGCUGAAGGGACAGGAUGUUCGCCUGAAUGUCCCGACAAAUGUUCAACUGCAAGUUGUCGAUGUACUAUUUUCGAAGUUUAACAGAUCAGGCAAUAUUGUAAAGUACCCCCCAAAAGUUACGUUUGAAAGGUACCAAGGUAGGGUUGAAUUUAGUGAGAGAAACUUCUCUCUGCUACUGAAGAACCUACAGGAAGGAGACAGUGGACCUUACACUGCAGUAGUGAGUGGUAACAAAGACAGCAAUGUUGCUGCAUACUUGAUAAAAGUCCAAGGGAGAGUUGAGCCUCCAGUCCUGACAGUGGACUCUGUCUCCUACAUCAAUGGCACCUGUAACGUGACAGUGACCUGCAGAGGUCAGAACACCUCUGUCACCUCCAGCUGUAACAGCAUCACCUGCUCUCAGGUGGGAGGAGAGAGUAGAGGGGCUGAGACCUCCACUGUCCCCCUGCUCUCUGUCUAUGUGGCAGGGGGUUCCAUCAUCUGUAACCACAGCAACCAAGUCAGCUGGGCCAAUGACACCAAAGAAAUCGAAGGAAUGUGUAUAUCUAAUUCUGGGAAGUCUGACCAAGAGGACCUCAAACUCAUUGUCACAGUCUGUGGCAUUGCCAUCAUCAUCAUCAUCACCUUCAUCAUUGUCCUGACUUGGCGAAAGCAAAAUAGAGCUGACAAAGAGGAUAUUAUAAACACAGAUUAUGCUACAGUUGGGACUCCAGAUAACAGUCAAGCAGGUGGUGAAGAGCAGGCGUCUCCAGGUCCAGCAUCACCCACCAUCUACAGUAUGGUGGGACUAUACCAACCCCAGCCUGUGAACCACCAGCCUCCGCCUGUGGACCUCCCCAUGACCCCCAUGACCUCCAUGACCUCCAUGCCGGAAAGUUUAUAUGCUAUGGUGGGGAAAAAGACUAGCAAACAAUAAUCAGGAAUUUGAACACCGUCUUAGGCCGGGAUUCUAUUCAAUCCUUUUAAAGGCAAUGUUCCCACGUCCGUGUAGACAACAAAAUAAAAAUGGUCACAUGCUUCGUAAACAACAGGUGUAGACUAACAGUGAAAUGCUUACUUACGGGCCCUUCCUGUCACGCGUGCUCCCUCUCAAGCCUCUAGGUCACCAGGCUGCUUGUUAUGGCGCACACCUGUCACCGUCGUUACACACAUCAGCUCAUUAUGACACUCACCUGGACUCCAUCACCUCCUUGAUUACCUGCCUUAUAUAUGUGACUCCCUUUGGUUCCUUCCCCAGGCGUCAUUGUUGCUGUUUCUGUUUCAUGUCUGUGCGUUGUUCAUGUUUCUUGUUUUGUAUUAUGUUCCGUUUAUUUAUUGAAACACUCACUCCCUGAACUUGCUUCCUGACUCUCAGCGCACAU